CGUUGCAGCUGGCACACACAACACCCAAACCCAGCUGUGCACAGGUCGUUUUGACAGCUGAAGAAGAAGAGAGAGAGAGACAUUAACAUUAGUUGGCAUAAAGCUAACUUUAUAAGAGAGAGCCUUCUGUCCCUGCAUGGUGAACUCCUUCAGUCUGGACACAAGAAGAUGGAUCAUGAAGUGGCCGACGUUCCCAGUGGCCCGCUGGAUAUCUACAGGAAAAAAGCCUCCUUCAACUGGAAGGACAUGCUCCGCUUCAUAGACGGAGAGGAAAUCAUGGCAUACAAGCAACAUGUGUUCAAGUCACUUGAGGAUGACCCUCUGUUUGCCCGUCAGCCCGGUGAAGACAUCUCUCUCGAGAAAAUGAGAGAGCUGACCUUCCUCAGGGUGAAGCAGCUCUUCCGCUACGACUUCCUGACAGAAGAAGAUAUGAUGGCUAACCCAUGGAAGAAUAUGGUUCUCAGUGAUUGUUUCGGCAUGUAUGACUGGGCCUUGUCGGCUAAGUACACUCUCAACAUGUCGCUAUUUGGAGGGACUAUUUUCAAGGCAGGAUCAGAGAGACACAGCAAAUUUGUUGAAAACACUAAAGACAUGACGACGUAUGGCUGCUUUGCACUGACUGAGCUGAGCCACGGCAGCAACACCAGAGCCAUGAGGACCACAGCGACAUAUGACCCCUCCACCCAGGAGUUUGUGAUCAGCUCUCCAGACUUUGAGGCUGCCAAGUUCUGGGUGGGGAACCUGGGUAAGACUGCGACCCAUGCAGUGGUCUUCGCUCAGCUCUACACACCUGACCAGGUGUGCCAUGGCCUGCACUCCUUCGUAGUGCCGGUGAGAAAUCCCAAGACCCUGCUGGCUCUGCCUGGUGUUCUGGUUGGAGACAUAGGCAAGAAGCUGGGCCAGAACGGGCUGGAUAACGGGUUUGCUUUGUUUCAUAAUGUGAGGAUCCCUCGGGAGAAUCUACUGAACAAGACUGGAGACGUUACUCCUGAUGGCCGCUACGUUACGCCAUUCAAGGAUCCCAACAAGCGCUUCGGGGAGUCUCUUGGUGCCCUGUCAGGUGGCAGGGUGGGCGUCACCAGGAUGGCUCUUACCAACCUGAAGCUGGCUAUGAUCAUCGCCAUCCGCUUCUCAGCCACCAGGAGACAGUUUGGACCCAAAGAAACGGAGGAGAUUCCCGUUUUGGAGUACCAGUUACAGCAAUGGCGUCUGAUCCCGUACCUGGCAGCAGCGUAUGCUCUUGAACACUUCAGCAAGUCCAUCUUCAUGAACUUUGUUGAGUUCCAGAUGGGACAGAUGAUGAGGGACAAGAGUGAGAGACAAGCAGAGAUGGGCAGGGAGAUCCACGCCAUAGGCUGCUCCAGUAAACCACUGGCCUCGUGGAUCGCUCAGAGGGCGAUCCAGGAGUGUAGGGAGGCGUGCGGUGGACAUGGAUACCUGGCCAUGAACCGGCUGGGUGAUCUGCGUAAUGACAACGACCCAAACUGCACAUAUGAAGGAGACAACAACGUGUUGCUGCAACAGACCAGCAACUACCUGCUCAGCUGGCUCCAAGCUAAACGCCGCGAUGGUGUGCGGAUUGAGUCUCCUCUUCACACUGUGGACUUCCUGGAGGACUUCCACAAGAUCAUGGACAGCAAGUUUACAGCAAGAACGAUGGAGGAGUGUAUGGACUCUACAGUGCCGCUGGCAGCCUAUAAGUGGCUGGUGUGUUUCCUGCUGGAGGAGAGCCAGAACAGGCUGCAGCAGCAGAGGGCCUUGGGGAAGGAUGAUUUUGAAGCCCGCAACAACAGCCAGGUGUAUUACUGUCGCUCCCUGGCCAUCGCCUACAUAGAACACAACUGCCUCCAGAGGUUUCAUGAUCUGACUACCGAUGUGGACACACCAGCUGGUCUCAGACCUGUACUAAGCAAGCUGUGUGCCCUGUACGGGCUGUGGAGCCUCAGCAACCACACGGCCACACUUUACCAGGGUGGUUACCUGAGUGGAAAGAAGCCCACAGAGUUGAUCCAGACGGCCAUUCUCACUCUCUGCUCCCAGCUGAAGGAUGACGCAGUAACAUUGGUGGAUGUUUUUGCUCCUCCUGAUUUCUUUGUCAACUCACCUAUUGGCUAUGCUGACGGACAGCUUUACAAGAACCUGUGGUCGACAAUGAUGCAGGGCAGCCAGGUGCUGGAGCGGCCGUCCUGGUGGAAAGAGUUCAGCUCAGACAAGCCAGUGGUCGGAUCCCUCCGCCCGAAACUCUAGAGUCCGCUCUCGACUGCAAUCCUGGACAUGUGUCUGGAGUGUCCGGAGUGUAAAACGUGUGUUUCCAACUGUGCAAUUUAAAAUGUGAUGUCCUUAUGUACAACCUUUUGCCAAAACCCCCACAGUGCAACACUGCACCUCAGUUAACGCACAAUAUUCUAAGUGUCAGAGCCAGUCUGUGCCUAUAAUAAUUCCAUUGUACGAUACAUUUCUGAUAUACAGUGCCCUCAAAUACCCGUUGACAUAUUUUUUUGUCACUACAAAUGCGUUGCAAGAAGUGAUGACUUUUAGGAUUUCAGUUGGACACCACACUUCAUGGAUAUAAGGAUAUAUUGAUCAAAGAAUUGCUGGAUAUCUGCUUUAAAGCUUUGUGUGUCACAGGAAUUCAAUCACUGACCAACACUAUCAUCUGUUCUAUAAAAGGUAAACUCUGAUUAAGUGAAUCAUACAUGUGAAUAAUAAUCUUUUCCGUCCUUAACACAGCAAUAAUGCUAUUUUAAAAUAGCAAAGAAGUAAAUAUCAACCAAGGGCUACGAAUUAUCUACUGUAAGUGAUUUUUUUAGAUUUAUUGUAUUUCAUAUGGGAUGUAAUUAUAUAAUAAUGAAGCUGAAAAUUGUGUUCAUCUGUAGAUAUGACCCUGUAAAGAAUGAUCACAGUUCUUCUAGUACAGCGUUUUGAUAUUUAACACAAUGCAAAUUAAAUAUAUUUACUAAUACAA